GAGGAGACAUGAGUGAACUUUGUUAAAAAUAAAAUUGGAAAUUUCAGUGUCUAUUUUUAGAAACCUACAAGGUAAACCCUUCAACAGAGGGAAGUGCAUUUCAGAACAUAGAACUUGUAUAGAUUAAUUAACAGGAAUGACAAUAUUAUUUUGUGGUAAAGCUUAUUAUGAAAAUGGACAUGCACUGUUACAAGAGAUGAGAUUCUUUGCCAUGAAAGUAGCGGGAUGAUCGGAUUCAAAUAAUCUACUUUCACUUUGUUAUUACAUCAGUGGAAUUAAAUAAUUCGAAAUAACAGAAAACAGCAAUGGACAGUUGGAUAGAUGAGAUAAGAAAUUCUGAAGUUCUGUUGAUCUUUGAUGACAGUGAUGAUUUCUACAUUAAAAAAUGGAUUAUUCCAGAACUUGAAGCCAAAAAUCUAAAAUUUGUGUUGCCAGAAAUCCAUAUACCACCUGGCAGACCAAAACUAAGUUUGAUGCCUGAAGCCAUUGAAAAUAGUAAAAAAGUAUUAAUUAUAUUGUCUGAGCACACAAAGAAAAGAUUUAAAUGUACUUUUGAAAUUUUUCUUGCUCUAGAGAAAAGUUUAAGUACAAACAAAAUGUGUGUGACGAUUGCAUUGCUAGGAUCAUUAGAUAGAAGAGAUGUUCCAAAAAUCCCUAUGUUAGAGCACAGUAUGAUAGCCAAAGUUACAGAAAAUGACCAACCUUAUACUAUUGAAAAAGUUAUCGAAAAUAUCAAAGAUGAUAGUGUAACUCUGAGUGAGAAAAUGCCAGCUGGCAACUUAGCAACAGGAUUAGCUUGGAGUCAUUUUUUAGGAUAUCUGAGUAUAAUUCUACCAGAACUUGCUACAAAUAUCAUUGAAUGUGAAUGGUUUCAAAGAUUUCAAGGUAAAAUGUCAACGCGUUUCUUUAUGCUGUUACCAAAGUCAGGAACAUGUCGGCCAUUACAAGACCAGGACAGCAGAAUUACUCAUGUUGGUAACCUUAAAAUAGAAGUCCACAUUGCUGGAACUAAAAGGGUGUAUACUCCAAAUGUGUACUGCAUACAAGAUGAAGAGAAACAGGAACAUUAUUACUGCUGUGCAGAAAUACCCAAUGCUUUUGGUUGUAUUGGGAAGAUAUUUCAUGAGAAGUUGGGGAUGUUAAAUUCUCAACAGAGAAACCUUGAAGUGGAGAGAUUUUACCAUGUAUUGGACCAGAUACUGAGCCAUGAAAACAACAAACGAUGUCACAUGUUAUAUGAGGUUAUAACAUAUAAUGAUGAAGAUAAAACAGAAGAUGGUUUACCUAGUACACAUAUACUCAGACAUUUCCAUAAAGAACAUACAGAAGACAGGGAUGAGGAAACAAAGUCCCAUAAAAAGUAUAAGUAUGAUGUCUGUCUUCUGUAUGGUAAAGAUGAUGAAAACAAGGCACAUUUCAUUAGACAGACACUGAUGGCAAAACCAGAUAAACCCAGAAUUGCCGAGGCAUGCCCAGAUCAAGUGUCCAUAGCAGAGGUUACAGAACAAGUCAAGGAUUCUAAAUGGGUUGUGUUACUUUUAUCCAAAAACCAGAAAUGGUUUGAAUUUUGGAUAGUAGAACUUUUAUGUAGUGGUGUUGAGACUGGUGAAUUUGAAUCACAAGACAUAUGUGUACUUCCAUUAUUGUAUAAUGUUGACCCAGAAUCCAUUCCAUCAUUUAUAAGGUGGCUGACAUAUAUUGAAGCUAAAGAAGGUGAAGAUUUUGUGGAAAGAAUAUAUGAAAUCAUCAAAGGACAAAGGGUAGCUUUAAGGACACAGAGUCCUGUUGGGAAUGUACAUGAAGGACUGGUAUGGGGAUUUGUUGUCAAUUACUUACGUCAUGUUUUACCAGAUAUUACAGAAAGAAUAAAGCAAAAAUUACAUCAACUUGGAGUAGAUACAAGUGAUCGACGGAAUCAUUAUCAUACUGGCUUGUUAGAACUGGUUCCACAGAAUUGUGAGGUACCAGCUAGGAUGGAUAUAAUAUCAGAUCAAUUUAAGAUAGAGAACAUGGGACGUAUUGAAGCUACAAAGAAACAACAGCAACAGAAAGUUGUCAGAGUAUUUGCAUGUAACUUUUACAAAUUGACAAAGAAGGAUGGUGACUCUUAUUACUUUGCUGGUGAAUUUGCUACACCAAUCAGAACAUUACAUGGAAUGGGUGCCUCUGUUAUCUGUGGUCUUACAGCAGACAAAAUGAAGAAAGAAGUAAAGAUGUUUACUGACAAACUGGAAAGAAUUAUGAAGAAGGAAAAUGAUGGACAAAACUGUGCCAUACUUCGGGUUAAUGGUGAGAAUCAAAAUCUUGUAGAUGAGGUGAUUAAAGAAAUCCGUGAGAAUGAGAUUUGGCAGAAAAGUCAACAAUAAAAGGACAGCAGAUAAUAAUGUCAACAACAAUACUUAAAUAUGGCAUCAAAAGGCAUAACUACAAAGUACAAAGUAUAAAAAUAAACAUGAAUAAAUAGUAAAAUACUUAUCUUUAGGUUGCAACUGUCUGCCGUGUUAAGAAUCUUUUAAAUAAAUGGUUAACUGAAUGUUGAAGCAUUGUAUAAAUGGACAAAUGUUAGUUGACAUCAUUAGUUAAUGAUCUGAAGGAAGAUUUCAAUCCCUUCAUGUAUCUGAAAAAAAUACUGGGUAACAUUUUUAGAUAUUGCUUUAAAGAUAAGAAUAUUUUUUUAUGAUAAAAAAGUAUUUGUCAAUCAAAGAAUGGGAGAUAACUCACUUCAUUUUAAUUUGUUUAUAAAAAUAUGAUCCAUUUCAUUUUUGUUUCAGAUAGCACACUUUAUAAACAUAUUGUUUCUUUAUAAACUGGUGAGGGAAUUUGGGCAGUAAAGAAAAUACAUUUUUUAAUAACUAUAUAAAAAAAUGUAUUUUACACAUUUCAUAAACAAACCAGGAAUUACAAUAACAACAAAAAUGAAAAUUCUCAACAAAAUUAAGAGUUUAUUAAAAAUUCUAAAAUAUAGAUAGAUUUUAAAUUAGAGUUUCAACAGAGAAUUUUGAUAAUUUGCUGUUUAUUAAUGAAUUAUUUCCAAAGAAAUUGUCACACAAAUUUAGAGGAUACUUAUGUCCAGAAGAUAUUCCAAAUGUUUUUAUAAAAAUCUGCUUAGGUUUAUUUAUGGAAUCAAUAAAGUUGGGUAUGUCUUUCCACAGGAUAGAAAUGUCCAAGAAACAAAAAUUUUGAUCCUAUUUAUCUCUAAAAAUAGCACAUGCAGGUACAGUUUUAUUACAUAUUUGAAUUGACUAGGUGAAAAGUAGCUUGUAUGCAAAUUUUCAUAAAAAAAAACACAGUGGAAUCAAAAUUGUAUCAUAUGCCCUUAAGCGGUCAGAUACUGGCUCCGAUUAUACUUGUUCCCUUGUGCACAGUAUUGCAAAGUUCUAAUCAAAUGGGGAUAAUCAGUUUAACUAUGUAAAUAUAGUAAACAAUCUCCAUGUAAAGUUUUUCUUUAUCAGAUACAUCACGUGUUGAUCAUUUAAAUAACCAAUUUCAUGCACAAUAGUUCGAUAAAAUGAUUUUCAUCACAUUUGUAAAAUAUUUUUUUCUGUACCCAAAGGUUUAACUGGGACAUAGAAAUAUGAUCAAUUGGUCUUUCUCAGCUGUCAUUCAUAUUCUACAUUUCCUCAAAGAGUUUUAAGAUGCUUUGUUUAAAAGGCAUAUGCAAUUUGGAAAGAUAAUCUUUUACAGAAUUCUACAGUGCAAAAGGAUAAAUUAUGAACUUAUAGGGAUAAUUUCAGAAGGAAGACUUAUCUAAAUGUUGUGAAGAAUUUUGAAAUUUUAAAAAAGCACCUCAUGAGAAUCAGUGCUCGUAAAUUAGCUAUUGAGCAGGGUAGUUAUAAAAAGGUUGAAAAAGAUAUAAAAUCAUAAAAAUAUGAUAACUAAAAUUGACAUUUCCUUAAAGAGUCCAACCAAGAGAUGAAAAUUGGAAUCAAUAAAAUUUUGUAUCAUACAAUUUUUUUUACUUGAAAAAAAGAUAAUAAUUAAACAAUGCUGCCAUUUGUUACUAUGGAAAACAAGUUGUUAUUGACCAUAAUUUGGCCUGUACAGAAUAAAGAUUUACUGGUAAUUCACAUUGUUUUAUAAUCUGAUGUAAUUAUGUAUAAAUUCAGUCUGAUGUUCUAUUUCACAAAGACAAACAAUGCACCACUUUACAAACUGUUCACAUCAUGGUUUAUUAAUCAUGAGUUUGUAUAUUUCAAAUUGUAUCAAUUUUAUGGAUGUUGAUCAAUUUUUUAUAACAAUGUUUACACAGGCUUUGUACAUUUUGAAAAAAUAUGUUUUCCCAAAUAUGAAAUGAUGACAUACAUUUGUAUAUGUAACAUGUUUUUCAAUAAAAAAUACAUUUGUGUUAA